GGUUCAAACAAACCAACCAACGAACGAAAAGCGAGAAAAACUCCGUUCGCUGUCUCGUCUUCCCUGGCACCAAAUCGAACCGAACCAAGGCAGGCUUGUAGCCGAGAGGGAUUCUCCUUCUCCAGACUCCGCUCUGCCUGCGUCCAUCCAUCUCCUCGCCAUUGCCGCAGCACGCACUCCCGCUACGCUGCUCUCCUCUCCUCGAGGGCUUCUCCGGAAACGAAUCGCCGCGCCGGUUCCUGCAACGCCCCGCCGCCCGCUCUUCCGCGCCGAGCAACUGAACCUACACGGCUCUUCGAGGAUGGUGCCUUGUUUCAGAUGACAUAGACUGUGUCAGUGCGUGCCACGCUUGACACGCAGAGAUGAAGAUCAGUGCGCUACUCACCUCCGCGGGCAUCAACAUUGGACUCUGUGUCCUCUUCCUGUCGCUCUACUCUGUUCUCAGAAAGCAGCCGGCCAAUGUUAGGGUCUACUUCGGCCGCAGGAUCGCUGAGGAGCAUGAUCGGCUCCGAGGGGGUUUUAUCUUGGAGAGAUUUGUUCCAUCCACUGGAUGGAUAGUCAAAGCCCUGCAGUGUACUGAGGAAGAGAUCCUGGCUGCUGCUGGCUUGGAUGCUGUUGUUUUCAAUAGAAUUCUAGUAUUCAGCAUGCGCAUCUUCUCCCUUGCCGCCGUUUUGUGUGUCUUCGGGAUUCUUCCGCUCAAUUAUUUUGGACAGGAUAUACACCAUGUUCGAAUUCCUUCAGAAUCACUAGAUAUAUUUACAAUUGGGAAUGUAGAAGUGAAAUCAAGAUGGCUCUGGGUCCAUUGUGUAACCCUGUACAUAAUUUCUGGAGUAGCUUGCAUUCUGCUAUACAUUGAGUACAAGCACAUUGCCAGGUUGAGGCUCCUUCAUCUUACAAGUGCAACACCAAAACCAAGCCAUUUUACAGUUCUUGUUCGGGGAAUACCAAAGGCAGAUAAAGAAUCAUGCAGUGAUGUUGUUGAUGGUUUCUUCACAAAGUAUCACUCAUCUAGUUAUCUCUUCCAUCAAGUAGUUUACAAAGUUGGGAAAGUUCAGAAGAUAAUGACUGGCGCAAAGAAGGCAUAUAAGAAGUUCAAACAUUUCACAGAUGAAACAGUCGAUCAGGGAUGCAGAACAAUUACCUACCGCUGUUGUCUGUGUGGAGCCUCUUCAAAUUCUUUCAAGUUAUUGAACACUGAAUGUGAGCAGAACAGGGGGAAAGCUGACAAUAAAUCCAUCUUGGACUUAGAUGAUGAGGAAUGCACAGCUGCUUUUGUAUUUUUCAAAACUCGGUAUGCCGCACUUGUUGCAUCAGAAAUACUUCAAACAUCUAAUCCUAUGAAGUGGGUUGCUAAUCUAGCUCCAGAACCAGAAGACGUGUAUUGGUCCAAUCUUUGGCUACCCUAUAAGCAGCUUUGGGCUCGCCGUAUCGCUACACUCCUAGGCUCUAUUUGUUUUAUGUUCAUAUUUCUGAUACCGGUGACAUUUAUACAAGGGCUAUCCCAGCUAGAGCAGUUGCAGCAGAGGCUUCCUUUCCUUAGAGGAAUAUUGAAGAAGAAAUACUACAUGACUCAGCUAGUAACUGGAUACCUUCCCAGUGUCAUACUACAAAUCUUUCUGUACACUGUUGCUCCAAUUAUGAUGCUAUUUUCUACAUUGGAGGGUCCUACAUCACACAGUGAAAGGAAGAGAAGUGCUUGCUGUAAAGUGCUGAUCUUCACAGUUUGGAACAUAUUCUUUGCUAAUGUAUUAUCUGGUACUGUCAUAAGUCAAUUGAACGUGUUAUCAAGCCCAAAGGAUAUACCUGUUGAGCUUGCUAAAGCUGUACCUGGACAGGCCACCUUCUUCAUCACCUAUGUCCUGACCUCAGGAUGGGCUAGUUUGUCAUCUGAAGUUAUGCAGCUCUUUGGUCUGAUAUGGAACUUUAUAAGGAAAUAUGUUCUGAGAAUGAGAGAAGAUACAGAAUUCGUUCCCUCGUUUCCCUAUCACACAGAAGUACCAAAAGUUCUGUUGUUUGGACUAUUGGGAUUCACAUUGUCUGUGCUGGCUCCUCUGAUCUUACCUUUUCUGCUGGUGUACUUUUGCCUUGGUUAUGUUGUCUACCGCAAUCAGUUGCUCAAUGUGUAUCGAACAAGGUACGAUACAGGUGGUUUGUAUUGGCCAAUUGCAUGCAACACAGUCAUAUUCUCUCUUGUGCUCACCCAGAUCAUCUGUCUUGGUGUAUUUGGACUUAAAGAAUCGCCAGUAGCUGCAGGCUUCACCAUACCUCUUAUCAUCCUUACUCUUUUAUUUAACCAGUACUGCAGAAACCGACUUCUUCCAUUAUUCAAGACUUUUCCAGCACAGGAUUUAAUAGACAUGGACAGGGAAGAUGAACGGUCAGGAAGAAUAGAUGAAAUUCACCACGGACUUCAUUCUGCUUAUUGCCAGUUCCCUGACACUGUAGAUGUACCCUUGGAGAAGAUUAAAAUUGUUGGUGGGGAUGAGGAGCAAGGUUCUACCUCGGGUGAGUCCAGUGGCAAAGAAACCUGCGAGGAUCCCAAGAAGGACCUGUCUCACCCAACACUAAAAGGACUCCCUGUUAACCAUCUCCGGCAUGCUGUGAGGUCGGUUACUUUCCUGAUCAGACUGCAGAAAAGAGGUUUAUCAGAACAGAAAAACGGAUAGCUGUUAGCCGUUAACCCCCUUUGCCUGUUGGCUAUAUAAAUGUACAGAGACAUACAUGUAUAUACGACCCUUCCUUAAGAAAAGAAAAGGGCUAACGUAGGAAUCUAUAUGAGAGCAUCAUCAUGAGUGUUGAGGUGCAAUUUUGUUGUUUUGAGUUGUCGCAUGGAUGAGUUAGUGGUUCUGCAUUUUAGUUAAUAAGUUAUUAUCUGGCAGAUUCAGCUACUCAAACAUUAGCCUUGCACAUUGAUGUAAUGCUCAUGGUUUUCUUGUAAGAGAUUAAUGUAGCCAAAGUGAUAUAGAUAUAUAGUGUUCCAUCUCUCCA